AUGCUCGGCCUGAGAGCUGUAGCACGGCACAAUGGCAUCUUUAGACCAUCUGCAGCGCUCACACGACCAGGCACGCGACACCUCCAGACCAAGACGGUGACCGAUGCCGACAUCGCCAGAUACGCAGCAAAGCCACUGUACCCGUUGACUUUGGCCGACCUGUGCAAGCAUGGCAGGCCACCUCUGUCAGAGCAAUCGCUGCUCAACAGUGCCAACUUCACUCUCGGAAUCCUGCCGUCGCGACUGGCCCACCGCAUCCAAAGCCUCAGAGCCCUGCCGUACAUCGUCGUCGCCAACCCCAACGUCAGCCAGAUCCACCAGAACUAUGUGCAUUCGCUUUCAACACUCCUCCCAUUCGCGGAGCGCAACAUCGAGAGUCUGGAAGAGGAGAUCAAAUUCACAGAGGUCAUGGCAGACUUGGUGCAGACCCACAACAAUACCAUAGCCAUCCUGGCGAGAGGCUUCCUGGAGGCGAGAAAGUACAUCACCAAGGACGAGAUUACAAGAUUCUUGGACGAGCACCUACGUGCACGAAUCGGUACUCGACUCAUCGCUGAACAACACAUUGCACUGCACUUCAGCAGCCAGCCGCAUCGCGAGCUGUCCGAUCAUCCAGAUGACGCUCCACCGUCGUAUAUUGGCGUCAUAGACACAGCAUUACGGCCAGCAGACAUCAUUCGCAACUGCGAACAUACCGUCGGCGAGAUCUGCGAGCUGAAAUAUGGCGUCCGCCCCACCAUCGUACUGAAGGGCAGCCCCGAAUCAUCCAUCGCCCACAUCCCCAUGCACAUCGAGUACAUCCUCACCGAAUUGCUGAAGAACAGCUUCCGUGCCACUAUAGAAGCCGGAAUGGAGAAGGAGCCCAUCGAGAUCACAAUCGCACCAGCUCCUGCAGCUGAGGACUCGCAUUCGAGACAUUCCAAAUUGCAAAAGCAGCAAAAACACGGCCAGAAGGAAGGUGCGCCGGUGGGAGUGAUCAGCAAUUACGAUCAGGGCAGUGUCGAUCACGCCUCGGGCUCAAGCGGGCCCGAUUACGCAGUAUCUGCAAACAUCAGACCUCUGGACAAGCAGUCUCCUGGUGUAACGAUACGGAUACGUGAUCGCGGCGGUGGUAUCGGUCCGGAGAACUACUCAAAACUAUGGGAGUAUGGCUUCACGACUUUCAACGAAGACGAGAUUCUGGACAAGGUAAGCGGUGGAAACAGAGGCGUUGACGCGCUGGACGCGAUAAGUGGAGGAGCAGCGGGUGGAAGCAGUCUGGCAGGUCUGGGAUAUGGAUUACCGCUGGGCAGAGCGUACGCGGAGUACUUUGGCGGUGGUAUUGCCGUACAGAGUAUGUGGGGAUGGGGCACGGAUGUAUACCUCAGCCUCAGGGGCGUGGGCAAGAUUGUGGAAUGA